AUGGAGGGGCUAAUUCCAUAUCUGAUUCAUGCUAUCAAUAAACACCAUAAGCCUCAGCACCAGAGGUAUCGAUCGAUGUCUGAAGGAUCUAGCCGUAGCUACCGACCAUUAAUGAUUGGACACGAAUGUUCUUCUUCAUAUCAAGGAUCUUCUCACCGUCGAACAACAUCAGAGUACAGGCCACCUGCAUUAUCAGAUUCACCAGGUUUUGGUCAAGUUUCUGUGAACAAAGAUUCUUCUUCUCUGAAUAUAGCAACAAAGACUUGCACAUGA